UGUGCAAACGGGCUUGAAAAUUUACAUGUUUCUACGAAGCGUUUGUUCGUGUUAUAUCUUGGAAGAUUUUGUCACACUGACUGACAAUUUUUUUUUUGAGGUACAGUAGCGACAGGUUUUAAUAACUGCUACAACGUCACCAUAUCACGUUUGCGAGUUAGGUAUCGUAUACAAUGUCUUGCUUGACGUGUUACUCGGCCGUUGGACGUUCUUUGAAGAAACACUGAAGACUUUCAAUAGGAAGUUUCUCAUUUUCUUUAAUUGGAGAGAAGAACAGAGGACCAUAGCUGUACUGGAGGUGGGGGGGAGGAGACGGUGGAACAUCUAGGCUGAUGAUCUCAGCCCUCCAGCGGGUACAGAUCCAGCAAGAGAGGGCCUGGAGGAGUGAGGCUGGCUGUGUGGUUCCCGUAGCCAGGCAGGGUGCAUUCUCUGGGGGAUGGAAGCAGCAGGACUCCCCUGUGAGCUCCACAGAUCUCCAGGGUGUGAUUGUGGAGAAGAAUAAUAGCCCCGCUGUUCUCUAAUCCCUCAUCUCCUCUCUUCAUCCCUCUCUCCCCCUACCCUGCUUUGUGAAUUGAGGAUGAGUGUGAGGUGGGGCUCGCACAGAGACAGGGUCAUGUCUAGGUCACUCUUCCUCCUCUUCCUCUGGUCCCUCUGCUCACCCUGUCUGUCUAUCCAUGCGGAGAUAGCAGAGAGUCACAGUACGUUUACCUGUGAGCCAAUAGGACUACGGAUGUGCCAGGACCUGCCUUACAACACCACCUUCAUGCCCAACCUCCUCAACCACUACGACCAGCAGGCGGCCGCGCUCGCCAUGGAGCCCUUCCACCCCAUGGUGAACCUGCAGUGUUCGGAGGACCUGAGGAUGUUCCUGUGUGCCCUCUACGCUCCAGUCUGUAUGGAGUAUGGCCGCGUGUCCAUGCCCUGCCGAGCCCUGUGCCACCGCGCCAAGAGGGACUGCCACAAACUCAUGGAGAUGUUCGGUGUGACCUGGCCAGACGAGAUAGAGUGUAGCAGGUUCCCAGACUGUGAUGAGCCCUACCCCCGUGCUGUGGACCUGCAGACAGGCGUGGACCCCACUGACAUCUCUCCCAUGUCCAUCCAGAGGGACUACGGCUUCUGGUGCCCCCGCGAGCUCAAGAUGGAGUCUGACCUGGGCUACUCGUUCCUGGGCACGCGCGACUGCUCGGCCCCCUGCCCCAACAUGUACUUCCAGCGCCCGGAGCUCACCUUUGCCCGCUACUUCAUCGGCGUGGUGUCUAUCGUGUGUCUUUCGGCAACGCUCUUCACCUUCCUCACGUUCCUCAUCGACGUCACGAGGUUCCGCUACCCUGAGCGGCCAAUCAUCUUCUACGCCGUCUGUUACAUGAUGGUGUCACUGGUCUUCUUUCUGGGCUUCCUAUUGGAGGACAGGGUGGCAUGCAAUGCGGCGAACCCCGCCCAGUACCGGGCGGCCACCGUCACACAGGGCUCACACAACAAGGUGUGCUCUCUGUUCUUUAUGGUGCUGUAUUUCUUCACCAUGGCUGGCAGUGUGUGGUGGGUCAUCCUCACCAUCACCUGGUUCCUGGCGGCCGUUCCCAAAUGGGGCAGUGAGGCAAUCGAGAAGAAGGCCCUGCUCUUCCACACCUGCGCUUGGGGCCUGCCCGGCUGCCUCACCGUGGCCCUGCUGGCCCUCAACAAGAUUGAGGGCGAUGGUGUGAGUGGGGUGUGCUUCGUAGGCCUCUAUGACGUCACGGCGCUGCGCUGGUUCCUGCUAGCACCGCUCUGCCUCAACGUGGCGGUGGGUGUAUCUCUGUUACUGGUGGGCAUCGUGGCGCUGAACCGUGUGCGUAUGGAGAUCCCUCUGGAGAAGGAGAACCAGGACAAGCUGGUGAAGUUUAUGAUCCGUAUCGGGGUUUUCUCUGUGCUCUACCUGGUACCUCUGCUCACGGUGAUAGCCUGCUACCUGUAUGAACACAGCAACAGGGCUGUCUGGGAGACCACUUGGGUCCAGGAGCGCUGCAGAGACUACCACAUACCCUGUCCCUACCAGGUUGAGCAGACCAGUCACCCAGAUCUGACCCUGUUCCUCAUUAAGUACAUGAUGAUGCUGGUGGUGGGGAUUCCCUCGGUCUUCUGGGUGGGCAGCAAGAAGACCUGCUUCGAAUGGGCCAGCUUCCUACAAGGACGCAGACGCAAAGAUAGUGGGGGGAAUGAGAGCAGACGGGUGCUCCAGGAGCCAGACUUUGCCCAAUCUCUACUGAGAGACCCCCACACCCCCAUCAUCAGGAAAUCACGGGGAACCUCCACCCAGGGCACCUCCACCCACGCCUCUUCCACUCACCUGGCCAUUCUGGAAGAGCCUGAUGACCCUAGACACGCCCCCGACGACCGUGGACCAAUCCACUCUCUGGGCCACGCCUCCUCCACCCGCAGCAAGGCUGGCAGUGUGCACAGCAAGACCAGUUACCAUGGCAGCCUGCAUCGCUCCCGAGACGGACGCUACACCCCCUGUAGUUACAGAGGUGGCGAGGAGCAAACAAUACCCCCCCACAGCAGCAUGCCUCACCUCGACCAUCCGCUGUCCACUCAUAGCAGCCUCCACCGACUGGAAUCCCAAUCACGGCACAGUAGCCAGCGUGAUCUCGCCGUUGCCUCACCCACCCAUAUCACCCACGGGACGAGCGGUGGCUGCGUCGCUAAUGAUGACGAUGGAGCAAGCGCCUAAACAGAAUCAGGAAAUGUCAUCACCGCGGAACAGGAAGUUGUGAGUUGUUGACCCGCUCCCCACCUUUGACAGACACAUAGGUUUCUCCCGUUCAGGAGGAGGGGGUGUGAGGGGGUGUGGCCUUCAGUUUGACUGACAGAUGGAUCACUCCUGGACAGCCUUUAACUGAGGUUGCUAACUAGCGAGAUGCUAAUUGCUAACCCUCAGUCAAGCAGUUGGCAUUGGACUGGGCUCCCGACGGAGAGACUGGUUACAGAGACAGAGAGCUAGCCCACUAUGGAUGACGUGGGUUGUGUACAGGGGUUGCAACCAAAUUAUUUUCAUUCCAUUUAACUGUUCCAACCAGCAAAAUAAAGUUAUGAACCGGUUCGAAUCCCCAAAAAAGUAUGUUUUAUAUAGUUCUUUCUGUUCCUUUUUUAAACCUCAGAAUUUUAGAUUAUUUUUUACAUUUAGCUCGACAUUAAAUGACUUCACCAAUGAAUGGAGCAGCUUGCUAUGGAGUGGGCAUGCUAUGUACAUGCAUUGGACAGACAAGUGUUGUGUAGUGUACGAGAUGCGACUGAAAUUUUGCGGGUGAGAAGAGAGCUGGGCAUGAAGAGCUGGGCAUCUUGAAUUAGACCCACAGAAUUAUACCUACAGAGGAGCGGCUUCUAUGAAGGAACUUUGACUGUCUUUGAACUUCAAAGAGUUGGCUUGACUAACGUUGAACCAGAGCUAGCCCUUGAUCAUGACUCAUUUACAUUACAUUACACACAAUUCCACCGAGACUAGCUAGCUAGCAAACAAGCUUGUGUGUGCAGAGCGGCACCAGAAAUACAUUUUUUUUUUAAAUGCUUUUUGUAGUUGAUAAAUCCAAUGUAAAACCUGAUAACUAUCCUUACAAGUUAUCCAUUGUUCUCUAAGAAAAAUGUCUGAAUCAUUUUCAUCUGGCAGGCAGGCAGACACUGGAAUACGUUUCUGAGUGACAAAGCUUUGGGCUUUGCAUAGGUGCUUUGUUGCAUUUUUUUGUGGCACUGGAGGGUAAAAAAUGCCCGGAAAGUAAAAGAACAUUAUUAACCGGUUCCCAUUCUUUUAAAAUAACGUUUCUGAUCCGGAACAGUAUAGAUCACUUUCGUUCUCAGUUCUGUUCCCUGAACUGGUUCCAACCCCUGGUUGUGUGUAUGUGUGUGUACUCUGAUACACACAAAGCGAUUAGGAGAUGAGCUGUCAAUGUCUGUGUUACGGUGCUCUUGUGCUGCGGCUGUGAAACUACUAUUAUUUUUCUAUACUGUGAAGAUUGGCAGUGAAUAGUGCUGAAAAGAUGAGCUACUAGUAUUUGUGUGCUUGCAUGUGUACAUGCAGUGCUGUACAUUAAACCGCGUUAUACUCCCACCAGGUGGAGAAAAAGUAGAGAAGCGUAUAAGAGAUGAAGCGAAGGAAGCUAGGGGAGAAAGUGUGGCUUUGAAACAACCCUUAGGCACUCCUGUUGAUUUAAUAUGGUCAUUCCUUCACCUUGCCUGCCGAUGGGCUCGGUGGAAUUCAUACCAUAUUGCUGCUGGAGUUCUUUGGGAAUAGUUUCAAUUUGGCAUUCAGAAAGCUACGGAAGAAUGAUCGAAAGGGAAGAAGAGGGAGGGAGGGCGCUCAGUUUGCUGCUGCUCCAGAGCUUAG